AUGAUAUUGCACAAAGGCAAUUGUAGCACGCAUAGUUGCAAUGAAAAGGAUCAAUCUGCCUUGUUACUCUUCAAACACGAUGUGGUAGACCACUCCAACAACCUCUACUCUUGGUCCAAUGAGGAAGAUUGUUGUGCAUGGAAAGGAGUCCAGUGUGAUAAUGUGACAGGCAGAGUUACAAGACUUGAUCUGGACAACCAAUACUUGGAAGGUGAAAUCAACCUAUCUCUGCUACAAAUUGAAUUUUUGACUUACUUGAACUUGAGCUGGAAUAGUUUUACAGGUUUAAGUCUUCCAAAGAACCUCAACCAAUCGUGUGAUACCUUGUCUAACCUUAAGUACUUGGACUUGUCCUUCAAUGAAGAUCUUCAUUUGGAUAAUCUUAAAUGGCUUUCUCUAUUUUCUGCAUUGCAAUGGGUCAAUCUCAGUGCAAUUAAUUUAGAAAAUGAAGCAAACUGGCUUCAAAUCAUGGCCAUGCAUCCUUCUCUUUUGGAGUUGAGAUUGUCAAUGUGUAAUCUAAAUUAUAUCAUCCCUUAUGUCAAGUUUGUGAAUUUUACUUCACUUGUGACCCUUGACCUCUCUCGGAACUAUUUCUCCUCCAAUUUACCUCAUUGGUUGUUUAAUAUUAGUAGUGACAUCUCUCACAUUGACCUUCAUGGCAAUAAUUUUCAGGGUCAAAUACCCAAGAGUUUGUUAAAUCUUCGAAAUCUUAAAUCUUUAAGAUUGGAUGACAACGAACUCACAGGACCUAUUCCAGAUUGGUUAGGGGAACAUGAACAUCUGCAGCAUCUUAUUAUAUCUAAAAACUUUUUUAAUGGUCCCCUUCCUUCAAGUCUAGGAAAUCUCUCAUCCUUAACUGAAUUCAGUGUUAGCUCCGAUUCAUUGACGGGUAACCUUUCACACACCAUCGGCCAGCUCUUCAACUUGAGGAGUUUAUACAUUGGAGGAUCAUUGUCUGGUGUUCUAUCUGAAAAGCAUUUUUUAAAACUCUCCAAUUUAGAAUCACUUGUCUUGAAUUCGGCUUUUGCAUUUGAUUUGGAUCCCAACUGGGCUCCUCCUUUUCAGCUCCUUGAAAUUGACUUGAGACAUACAAUUCUAGGUCCUACUUUUCCAGAAUGGCUAUACACACAGAGGACACUAGAAACUCUGGAUAUUUCUUCCUUAGGAAUUUCAUCCAUAAACGCAGACAGAUUUUGGAGCUUUGUAGCCAAUAUCAGAGAAGUUAGAUUGUCCAACAACGCAAUUAGUGCUGAUAUAUCAAAUGUCACUCUAAAUUCUGAAUAUAUAACUAUGGAUCUCAAUAAUUUCACAGGAAGGCUACCACUUAUAUCUACAAAUGUCUUACAUUUAGAUAUAUCUAACAAUUUCCUGUCUGGACCCCUUUCCCGUUUGUUGUGCUCUAAACUGAGAAGGGAAAAUUAUACGUUGUUGUAUUACUUGGAUGUAUCACAUAAUCUUUUGACCGGAGGUAUUCCUGAUUGUUGGAAAAGUUGGAGAGGUUUAAUUCACCUGAACAUUAACAGCAAUAAGUUGGGUGGUGAAAUUCCUCCUUCAAUGGGUUCGUUAAAUAAACUCCAAAGAAUGUAUUUAGGCAAUAACAACUUGUCUGGUAAGUCACUGGACAUUUCAAACUUGAAGUCAUUGAUCGUCUUCGACCUUGAAGAAAAUAAUUUUUUUGGAGUUGUACCAACGAAGAUUCCAAAGAGCAUUCAACAGAUGGUAUUGAGCGGCAAUCAAUUUACUGGCAAUAUUCCAGUAGAACUAUGUAGUCUCCCUUCUCUAAAACUACUAGAUCUUUCAACAAAUCAACUUUCUGGAUCUAUUCCUCCUUGUCUCUACAACAUUACUCCCGUGAACGCAAGACGAGGGAGCUAUUUUUUGUAUGGCCUUGAUCUUUCAUCAAACAACCUUUCUGGAGAAAUCCCACCAGAACUCUUUGGCUUCCCUCAAUUGGCGAUCUUGAACUUGUCUAGAAAUCAUUUCGUGGGAACGAUAUCAGGCAACAUUGGUGGCAUGACAAAUUUGGAGGUCCUUGAUCUCUCCCACAAUCAUCUUUCAGGGGAAAUUCCUCCAACCAUCACUCGUGUGAGUUUCUUAAGUUUUUUCAAUAUAUCAUACAAUGAUUUCACUGGAGAAAUCCCAACACGGGGGCAGCUUGGAACGUUCGAUUCAUGGAGCUUUGUUGGGAAUCCCAAGCUUUGUGGACCUCCUUUAGCAAAGAAGUGCACCGAAGAAGUAAAUCAUAACAAGGCAGAGCAAGUUGGAGCAAAUGAUUCCCUAAAUGAGACAUUCUAUUUUGGAAUGGGAGUUGGAUAUGUUGUUGGCUUUUGCGGAGUUUGGUAUUCUUUACUCCUCAAUAGAGCAUGGAGACAAAAAUAUUUUCGGUUCCUGGACAAUAUUCCAGAUUGGUUUUAUGUGUUUGUAGCAAUCAGGUUAAAUAGGUUCCGUGAGUUCAGAGCAAGUGCAAGGUGA